CGGACAGCCUUGCAUUUCAGUCUUGCAUUUCCCUCUUUAGAUCGAGGCCACCGCCAUGGAUAGGAACCCCCCUGAUGGCACAGGCCCUGUGCACGUGCCUUUGGGGCACGUUGUUGCCAAUGAGAAAUGGCGUGGGUCGCAGCUGGCACAGGGCAUGCAAGGGAAAAUUAAACUUGUUUUUGAGGAUGGCCUAGCACCGGUAGAUUUUUACUUGUCUGUCAGAUCCUGCAUUCUUUAUGUCACAGAAGCCGAUUUGGUGGCAGGAAACAGCUACCGAAAGAGGCUGGUUCGCGUUAGAAAUUCCAGUAAUCUUCAAGGAAUUGUGCUAGUUGAAAAAACGCCGACGAGUGAACAAUACUUCCCAGCCAUACAGAAGUUUACUGUGCUGGACCUUGGGAUGGCGUUGCUUCCGGUGGCCAGCCAGAUGGAAGCGUCCUGCAUCAUUAUCCAGUUAGUUCAAGAGCAAACCCAAGAGCCCAGGAAGAACCCUUUUCUCAGGAAGAAACCGGCUCAGCUCUCUGAGCCGUUCCUACUUCGAACCGUGCAGCAGAUCCCAGGAGUUGGGAAAGUUAAAGCGUCCCUGCUGCUUCAGGAGUUCCCGAGUAUCCAGCAGCUAAGUCAUGCUCCCGUCCAGGGACUGGAGCAGGUCGUUGGGCAGGCGGCAGCACAGCAAAUUCACGCGUUCUUCACACAGCCCAGGUGACCGCUCUUCUCACAGCGUCUGCUGCGGGCUCUCCUCUACACCCAACUACAGGCUCUUGUUUUCUUCUCAUAUUUAAAAAUCAAGAAAAAAAAAAGAGAUUUCCUCUCACAACUAGUGAAAGAUGAGGGGAGGCCUGAGUGGACCCUGCCAGCCGUCCUGUGCGGCUCCCUGUGGGCUGUCCUUUCAGGUGGUGCUGCCCUGGCUCUGCUGCCAUGAAGAGGGCCAGCGGCGAUCUUCCCAAGAGAGUCCCUUGAAUUAGAGACUCUCAGAUUGAUUAAAAAAAAAAAAAAGCCAGCUUGGGCAGAUUUGAAUGUGUGACCUUGACCUACAUCUGUAAUGGAAAGGUCGUAUCAGGUUGCAGUGGAUAUGACCUUCUAAAGGAGACAAACCUACAAUGAAGCACUGUGUACCAUAAGCCCCUUGUUCCUGGUGGCAAAGCCACUGUCCUUCAGGUCUGGUCUUACUAUGCCUGUGCCUUGCGGGUUGCUGCCAUUGUAAAUAAAGUGUACAGCCUUGGUGUUCCCUCCCUCAAUCGCUUCCUUUACGGUGGCUGCCGUUUGUUUAUAAUCACCGGGCACAUCUGAACACAGAAAGCCUGGA